GGCCCCCACCGGAACUCUCCCGCCAGAGCGGACCGACCGCGCGAGCCAAGCUGUCGCUGCUGCCUACCGCGCCGACCGUGGCUGCCGACGAUGACGACCCAGUUGGUGCCUUCGUACUGAGCCCUCCACCCAGGGCAAGCUCGUCGUGCUCCCUGAACGCGCGGACUUGCCGGACGCUUCGAUGCCGGCGGGCUGAGUGGCAGCAAGCCGGCAGCCAGGCAUGGUGUCACCGCCGGAGACCAUGAUGCCUACAGCGGCCCCCAACAAGCCCAAGCUCGGCUUCUCCAUCGAGUCGAUCGUCGGCAAGGAUGCGGUCGACGAGCGGCGAGCCGACGUCGCCGCCACCGCGCACCACCUGCCGGACUCUCUGGCCGCCUCCGGUCCACCGGACUCGCCGAGGCCCCCCGCCGCGCCGCCGGGCACGGGUGUAGCCGUGCCCAUGGCCACGUUCCCGCCACUGGCGGCUGCGUACGCCGCUAUGGUCGCCGAGCAUCACCACCACCAGCAGCAGCAACAGCACCACCAGCUGUCACGGGGCCCACCGCCCUACCUGGGCUCGGCGCUCCAGCACCACCACCCUCCGCCGCCCACCGCGCUGGGACACCUGGUUGGACCCGGGGGUCCCUUCAUGGUUUCCCGGGACCCGCAGCCGCUCUACCCCUGGUUGCUGGCGGCCAGGCAUUCGAGACUCUUCGCGCACCGAUUCGGAGGUCCCGAGCCGGCGGGCUUCCUGUUGCACCCGUUCCGGAAGCCCAAGCGGAUCCGCACCGCCUUUUCGCCGUCGCAGCUCUUGAAGCUGGAGCACGCCUUCGAGAAGAACCACUACGUUGUCGGCGCUGAGAGGAAGCAGCUCGCACAGUCUCUCAGCCUCACCGAAACGCAGGUGAAGGUGUGGUUCCAGAACCGGCGGACCAAGCACAAGCGCCAGAAGCAGGAGGAGGAGCACUCGACGUCCCACGGGGGCUCGGACUGCAAGGCGUCCUCAUCGCCUAGACCGCCGGCCGCGCUUUCCCCCGACAUUCAGAUGGACGACUCGAGCUCCGACUCGACGCAGCCUGACCCAUUGUCGUGACGCCAGCAGCUAUCGCCUCGUGACGCAGGAGCCCGC